AUGGUAUUCUUGGGUGGGAUUGCCUAUGUUGCCUGGUACAAGAAGAAUGUCCUCGACAAGAUGGAGCUUGCUUUCGCCGGGGGGUAUGAUCCAGCUCUUGAGCUAGCAAGUCAUCGGAGAAGAAGGCACCGCACUCUGUCAGAAGAGCUGCAAUCUAGCAUAGAUGGUUUGGCAGUGCAGCAUAUGCGACGGAAAGAGCAAGAUUUGGUUGAUCGGAUUGUCCAUGGUAUCGAAGUUGGGCAAUACUUCGUCAUUCUUGGGCCAAAGGGGACAGGGAAAACCACGAUGAUAUUUGACGCUAUGCAGGCCGUACAAGCUGAAGGUGUCGCGAUCUGCGAUGCACACCCCGAUAUGGAAGUCUUCAGGCUACGCCUAGGAAAAGCCCUCAAUUACGAGUUCAAUGAAGACACGCAAACUGGUCUAUUCCAAAGACGUGAUCCUCGAGAAGGUGGUGCUGCUCUUGACAUCGAACGAGCCAUGAACAAAUUGGAGAAGGUGGCACUGCGCUACUCACGGCGGACUGACCGUCCCCUCAUCCUGAUCUUGAAUAACGUUCACUUCUUCCAGAACCAGGAGGAAGGAAGGAAUAUACUUCUUCAGCUACAGCAGCGCGCAGAAUCCUGGGCUGCGAGUGGCAUUCUUACCAUGGUUUUCAGCACCGACCAUUCAUGGCCAUUAUUUGUGAUGAGAAAGAACGCUAGUAGACUGCGUAUUGUGUCUGUCUCUGACCUCGAAUGUGAUGAAGCCGUGCGGGAGCUCAUACGCACGCGCACGAGCAGCAGAAGCGCAGUAGAAAGUCUUGACAUCUUCAAGGAGGCUGUUUCUAUCGUCGGAGGCCGCCUCUCCUAUCUCUCAAAAAUAUCUGAAGCUCAGGAUAUGCUCGAGCAUUCGCAGACCCUGCUCGCGGUCGAAAAGGCGUGGUUGCAGAGCCAAAUCGGACUCAUACCUGACUGCGAUGACGACGUAAUGGACGAGCAAAAGUGGAGCUCUUCCUCUUGGCUCCUUCUGCGCGAGUUCGUGAGGCAGCACCGCGAAGACCAGCGGCGCAGAGUUGAAGCCAUAGCUGCUGGUGCUCUCCUAGAAAAUCCCGAGGAGCUGCCCCUGCCCAAGAUACCCUAUUAUAAGUGCCGUCAGAUAAUGACGCGCACCGACUUUUUGGAAGAUCUUGAUAGAGCCAGUAUAAUAGCCAUCGAUGCUAAUCACGACGUGAUGCCCGAUUCAUUACUGCUGCUCCAUGCAGCAACACAAGUGGUCGAAGAAGACGGGUUCGAUGAUCUCUUGGACAACGUGCGCAACAGGAUAGACGAAAUCGAGAGCUUGCACCGUACGCGGGAACUCGUAUUCAAGCAAACUGGUACGGAUGAACAUAUUCGUAUUGCCAUCCGAAGAGCAAAAUAA